AUGUGUAUGGAUUACAGGGAUUUGAACAAGGCCAGGCCGAAAGACAAUUUCCCAUUGCUUCACAUUGACAUUUUGGUGGAUAAUACAGUAGGCUAUUCAUUGUUUUCCUUUAUGGACGGCUUCUCUAGAUACAAUCAGUUAAAGAUGCAUCCCAAAGAUGUGGGAAAGACUACAUUCAUCACCUUGUCAGGAACAUUUUGCUAUAAAGUGAUCUCGUUCGGAUUAAAGAAUACGAGAAUAACGUAUCAAAGAGCCAUGGUAACCUUGUUUCAUGACAUGAUACACAAGGAAAUCGAGGUUUAUGUUGAUGAUAUGAUCACAAAAUCCAGAACAGAAGAGGAACAUGUGCAGGUCCUAAGAAAAUUGUUCUUAAGACUGAGAAAGUUCCAACUCAAGCUUAAUCCAACGAAAUGCACUUUUGGAGCCAGGUCAGGAAAGUUGUUGGGCUUCGUAGUUAGUGGAAAAGGAAUAGAGAUCGAUCCAGAUAAAGUCAAGGUGAUACGAGAUUUAUCUCCACCACGCACUCAGAAGGAAGUUCGAGUUUAUGUAAGCCAGAAGGCCGUGAAAGGGAGUGCAAUAGCAGAUUUUCUAGCUAGCAGUGCCUUGGAGGAUUACGAGCCUUUGAAUUUUGAUUUCCCGAAUGAGGACUUGAUGUAUGUGGCAACCACUAAAGAGGAUUCCCAAAUGGAUCGCAGUUGGAAGUUAAACUUUGACAGAGCUUCAAAUACUGUGGGCAAUGAAAUUGGGGCAGUUUUAGUAUCCCCAAGCGGAGAUCAUUAUCCUCAACUCAAAGGGGAAUGGGAAAUGAGAGAUCCCAAAUUAAUUAGUUAUCGAAAGCUGGUUCUCGAGUUGAUUGAUAAGUUUGAUGACAUCACUUUUUGUUAUCUUCCACGAGAUGAAAACCAUAUGGCUGAUGCAUUGGCUACUCUAGCUUCUAUGAUCAAAGUAAUGGAGAAUGACAAGAGGACAUUGAGGAGACUAGCCAUUAACUAUGUCCUAGAUGGAGAGAUUUUAUACAAAAGGGGAAAGGAUCAAGUACUAUUGAGAUGCGUGGACACUAUGGAGGCCAAGAAAGUCCUGGGGGAAGUCCAUGAAGGUAUCUGCGGAAUGCAUGCCAACGGUUUCAUAAUCGCUAGACAGAUUAUGAGAUUCAGAAAAGAGGGCAAGAGAUUUACCUGUGUGAGCGCGUUGUUGGAGUCCUCCUUCACUUCGUCUAAAUCGGGGUGGAAAGGGGGAUUCUGGGUUUCGAAACGGUGA